GAAAGGGAAGGUCAUAUUCCAAUAUUGCACAGUACCCCCUCUAUUAAACUCCCUCUUUUAUCCAUGGAUGACAGCUAUAUGAAUCAAGUUCAACCAAUUGAACUGGAGGGUAUAGAAUCAGACAGAGAAAGUGAAGAGAACUUCAUCAACGAAGCAGGUUAUCACUCUGAAGGAGAGAAGGAACCAGUUANCAACACUUCAACUAAGGAAAGGGAAGGUCAUAUUCCAAUAUUGCACAGUACCCCCUCUAUUAAACUCCCUCUUUUAUCCAUGGAUGACAGCUAUAUGAAUCAAGUUCAACCAAUUGAACUGGAGGGUAUAGAAUCAGACAGAGAAAGUGAAGAGAACUUCAUCAACGAAGCAGGUUAUCACUCUGAAGGAGAGAAGGAACCAGUUAUUUGGAUCAAUUCAGAGCUCCAACUGUUUGAUAUUUCCAUUCCUAGUAAAAAUACUCCUAAACUUGAAAUACCUAAAGCAGUUCAUAAGGAUCCAUCUCCAGCUGCUAGGACAAUUAUGACUAGGAGUAAAACUAGUAACUAUUGGGAGAACAGCCCUAGAACUGGGGGCAUGUCUGGUUUAGCUCACAAGCUUAAGGGUUUAAAACCUAUUCUGACUCACUGGAACAAGAAUCAUUUUGGUAACAUUUUUCAGGAAGUCAAGGAUAAUGAACGUAAAGCUGCCAGAGCUCAAGAAGAUUAUGAAUCAGAUCCUUCGGAUGACAAGAGAACACUUGCUCAUCAAGCCUCAGCUAAUCUGAUUAUUAGUCUUAAUAAAGAGCCAGAGGAGUCACUUAUUCCAAACUACCUUGAUAAAGUGGUUGAUGAUAGGGACAAUCAAUUGAUCUCCACUCUACCCAAUGAAGCAGAUGUUUACAAAGCUAUUAUGAGCCUUAACCCAGACAGUGCAGCUGGCCCGGAUGGAUUUAAUGGAUUUUUCUUUAGAACCUGCUGGAACAUUAUCAAGACUCUCCACAAAAAGAUGGCUAAUUUUCUUUGGGGUUUCAAAAAUGGUAAACCUAAAUACCAUUGGAGCAAGUGGAUCAACCUUUGUGUUCCAACUAAUGAAGGAGGUCUUAACCUGAGAAGUCUUGAUGAUAUUCAGGAUGCCUACUCUAUCAAGCUUUGGUGGAACGUUCAAACUGACAACACUAUGUGGGCUAGGUUUAUGAGAGCCAAAUAUCUUAGUCGGUCUGAUUUCAAAGAAAGGCUUUAUGAUUCUCCGACCUGGAAGAGAAUAUGCAGGAUCAAUACCACUGCCAGGGAGCAUACCACAGGGGUAGACAACCAAAUCUCCUGGGAAGAUGGGGACUUUACACUUAAAAAGGCUUACAACAUAUGCAGACCCUAUAAUCCUACUCAACUCAACUACUCUUACUGCUGGAAUAAGGCACAAAUCCCAAAGGUUAAAUUCUUCCUUUGGAGAGCUCUAAACUCUUCUCUACCUUUCCCAGAUAAUCUAAGAAUAAUGGGGUUUCAACUAGCCUCUGCCUGCCCCAUCUGCAAGAACAGUGAAGAAACCAUUGACCAUGUUUUCCUCCAAUGCCCUUGGAGCAUGAAACUAUGGAAAUUCUUUGCAGAGGCAGUUGAUGGACCAAGACAUAGAAAUUACCUUACCCUAAACCAACAUAUCAUGGAAUGGAACUUAUCCCACAGAAGAAAAUCGCUUAAAGGACAACUUCGUAGCAUUCUACCAGGGAUCAUUGUUUGGCAACUUUGGAAGGAAUACAACAGAAUCAUCCAUGACAACAAUCCAAUUAACAUCAACAAGUCUAUAAAGGAAAAAGUCCAAAAACUUGAAAGCAAAGCUGGGACCCUGCUAGUACAAGUGAUGAACGUUGCUGCAGAAAUUAAGCAGCACCAGUAGCAACAUUUUAUGUAGAAACAAGCUCAUGUUUACUGUUGGAUUAACUGCUCCAACUCUGAAGCCCAUUCUCUAACCAGAACCGUUAGGCACACUUUGAGACAGAGCGUCUUAGCUUCAAAUAAAUCUUGAAAAACCCAAUCUCUAAGCCCCUGAAAUGGUGCAAGAGUAACCAGCUACAUGUGACCCUCCCUUGAGCUACUUAAGACAGAAAAAAGUUAAAGCAAAUACCAAGGACUUCUUUUUCCUUUCCCCUUGAAUGCAUAAAAGAAAAUAGACAAUAGGUU